AUGGCUCCGCUAAUACGUCCCCUCUCUUCUGCUGCUGCAGCAUGCGCAGCUCGCCUCUCGGCGAGACUGCCUGCAGCAGCAGCAGCAGCAGCAGGGCCAGCAGCAGCAGCAGGGCAGCAGCAGCAGCGGCGCCUGCUGCACACGUCAGAUUUGCGGGCAGCUGCCACAACAAUUUCCCCCUCGGAAAUGGCGAAGAUUCUGGAGCAGCGGAUCAGUGGCUGGACUACUCAGCAAAGCACUGCAGGGGAAGUUGGCCGCGUCUUCUCCGUGGGCGACGGCAUUGCGCGGCUGCUGGGGCUGGGGAAUGUGAGGGCGGGGGAGUUGGUGGAGUUCCAGUCGGGGGCUGUCGGAAUGGCGCUGAACCUGGAAAGAGACAACGUGGGGGUUGUCAUUCUUGGCGAAGACAGGUCAGUGUGCGAAGGCCAAACAGCAAAAAGGACAAAACGAAUUGUGGAUGUCCCCGUUGGCCCGCAGCUGCUGGGCCGAGUCGUAGACGCCCUGGGGCAGCCAAUCGAUGAAAAGGGGCCGAUUGCAGCAACGGAGAGGAGAAGGGUCGAGGUAAAGGCUCCAGGCAUCAUGCCCCGCGAGUCCGUGAAGGAGCCCGUGGCCACGGGGCUCAAGAGCGUCGACGCGCUGGUGCCGAUUGGCCGCGGCCAGCGGGAGUUGAUUAUAGGCGACCGUCAGACGGGGAAGACUUGCAUUGCGGUGGACACGAUACUGAACCAAAAGGAAACCAACAAAAAAGCCACUUCGGAAAAAGACAAACUCUACUGUAUUUACGUCGCGAUUGGACAAAAGAGAUCCACAGUCGCGCAAAUUUUGCGGACUUUGGAGCGGGAGGGCGCGAUGGAGUACACGACGAUAGUGGCGGCCACGGCGUCGGACGCGGCGCCGCUGCAGUUUCUGGCGCCGUACGCCGGCUGCUCCAUGGGGGAGUGGUUUAGAGACAACGGGCGGCACUGUUUAAUUAUAUUUGAUGAUCUUUCCAAACAAGCAACAGCUUAUCGCCAAAUGUCUCUUCUUUUGAGGAGACCCCCGGGGAGAGAGGCUUACCCAGGAGAUGUCUUUUAUCUCCACUCCAGGCUGCUGGAAAGAGCAGCAAAAUUAAACUCCGACUUUGGCGGAGGAAGCCUCACAGCUUUGCCAGUUAUUGAAACACAAGCAGGAGAUGUCUCGGCUUAUAUCCCAACAAAUGUCAUUUCCAUCACUGAUGGCCAAAUCUUUUUGGAGGCGGAGCUUUUCUACAAAGGCAUUCGGCCUGCGAUUAACGUGGGGCUUUCUGUGAGCCGGGUGGGCUCGGCGGCUCAGAUCAAAGCGAUGAAACAAGUCGCAGGAUCCAUGAAGUUGGAGCUGGCCCAGUUCCGAGAGGUCGCGGCGUUCGCGCAGUUCGGUUCGGACUUGGAUGCUUCAACUCGCCAACUUCUGACAAGAGGAACUGCUUUGACCGAAAUUUUAAAACAAAAACAAAACGCUCCAAUUCCAGUUCCUCUCCAGAUCUGCAUUCUUUACUGCGGCGUAAAGGGCUAUUUGGACCCUCUCCAACCCUCAGAGAUCGGCAGGUUUGAGGAGCUCUUUGUGAAGCACAUCCAAGCAAACCACCAGGGGCUGCUGGAGACCAUCGAGAAGGAGAAGCAGCUGAGCGAGGACACUGAGCAGAAGUUGAAGUCGGCCAUAGAAGAGUUUAUGGCGGCGAAUGAAUUCAAGAAGCAGUAA